CAGGGGAGGACUGACAACUCAUGGGGCCCCCGGGCAAUAGGGGAUCAUGGGGCCCCUGUGUCCUUGCCCAAAGUCAAAAAAUCCCAUGAAAAAGGUACCAGGGGCAUCUCAUGGGGCCCCCUACUGACCCCAGGCCCUUGGGCAGUGCCCGAGUUUCCAAAUGGUCAGUCCACCCCUGUCAAUGACGGUUGUGCUGCUAAGUAAUUGGCAGUCCCUAAGAAGAAGAAGAGUGGACACAGGAGUCCACAGCCUGGUAGCACACCCAGUUACACUUUGAAAACCACUUUACCUUACUUUCUGUUAUUUUAUCUUU